UUCCUGGGCCACCACGCUCUCGAAAACUAUCGCGCCUCUCAACAACACCUGGUUACAGAGACAUCCUCCCAUCAGAAACCUAGCACUUGUUUUCAUCGCACCCAUACCACACAAUACCAUGGCCCAUCCGAAAAUACCCGCCAGCGUCAUUCUGUCGCCGCGCGAACUAAAACUGUACAAGCGUUGGCAGUGCUUGCACGCAAACAUCCGACCAAAUGAGCAAGGCUACAUUCCCACAGCCGGCGAGUACGAAGACUUUCAGCAAUGGCUGAAGCGACAAGACUCUGGCUAUUUUUCCGACAUAUUCGACGACAUUACUGGCCACAUCGCGCCUCCCACUUCCGGAACCAACAAGUCAACGUCAAACUCGCCCGUCGCAUCAGUCUGCCAGCACACUAUGCACCCGACAGCAGCCGGCCAACUCCAGUCCCGAUGCCCUGUGUGUACAAUUGAUAUGCACGUCAAGUACAUGCACGUAUUGUCGCAAGCCCUCGAGAAUGCAGGUGGUCGUGCGCCAUCAUGCACUCUGACUAGCUCCGAGCAUCAAGACACUGUCUACAAUGCGUGGUGCAAAGGCAAGAUCGGCGCCCUCAAAGAACUCUCGGUUAUUGAAAACAUGGCUGCACAAGAGGCUGAAUGGUCAGCACGACAUCCAGAAGAGAGUCACGAACAUGCACAAACCGCGUCCAAGGCACUAGAUCUGUAUUGGGCCGAGACCACAGGACGUGUAGAGGAGCGAUCGCGUCCCAAACGGGAUUCUGCCGUUGCAUUCGCAGAGGACACGGAUUUUGAGCCCGGAAGACCUAAUCCGUACUUUCAUCGGAGAUCACCGCGC